AUGGAGGGCGGAAGACAGGAUGAUGUCAACCGGAACGUUGAUGCAGUGGUAAGAGUGAUAGGGCUUUUGGCAAGGAAUGGUAUGAUUGACCUCGGAGCUCCACUUGUCGCCAACGUUGCUCGCGGUGGUGGGUUGGGCGGCGGGCUGUUGGGCCUGCCGCUCGGAAACCGAGUCGAAGAUUAUGAUGACUCGGUCUCCAGUGAAAGGAAUGGCAGCCAAGACCUUGGAAAUGAGAAUCACGGGAAUAAUGGUAACAACGAUAACAAUGGAAACGAUAGCAACAACGGAAACAUCGACACAGAAGAGGAAGCAAGCAUAAAUCGAGCUGCUGGUGCCUUGGCGAUCCUCAAUGGUACUAGUCAAGAGCCCAAUCGCAGUUCUUUAGGCUUGAAUCUCGAGCCAGAUUUCUACGAGAAUCAAGAGCUCUUGUCCAAGCUGCUGGGUAACCUCCAAGUCCAUUCCGUCAACUUUUGGGUACGAGAAGAACAAGCCACCGACUUUGACAGCAGCCUUCUCCAGACUUCGAACGAUCAGCCGUAUGUUGGUAUCCGCAAGUUGCUCAUUGCGGUUGCAACUCUUCCCAAUCUGGUAGAAGUGUGCUGGGAGACUACCAACAGCAGACAGGUCCACUUGGACAUCCCUGCCUCUUUUAUCGCCUACGUUUUGUCCUUUGCUCCCCACAAGCUCCAGAGACUCUACGUCAGUAACCUCAGGGUGACGGGAACUCUGGACGAAUUCAAGAACCUCGGAGUUGCCCUCAAGAAAUGCAAGACUCUCAAUUACGUCUCCAUUGUGGAAUUGAGGCUUCCGGAACUGUUUGCUCUUGACGACGACGAGGAGGAAAUCAAUACGAAUGCCAACGUGAUCCCCGUGGAUGAUCCGAAUGCAACUCGCACCAAUCUGAUCCUUGCCCAGCUAUUGAAUGAUUUCGCCGAGUUGCCCAAUUUGAGAGACUUUGGACUCCGGUCCAAAUCGUGGCAAUCAUUGGGUCGUUUGGAUGUUACCAGCAUGACCCGACUCUUGCAGAACCCAAAGGUCAAGAACAUGGUCCUCGACUACUUCAGUAUCGACGAGGCGGCCAGUGCUAUUUUGGCUAGAGCGCGAAGUGGAAUGACAGAGACGUUUGAGACGAUUGAAAUGAGUGUCUGCUGUCACGGUGCCUUCAGCGCCAGCGUUACCAGGUCUAUAUCUGCCGCCCUCGAAGAAAACGUGCCCCUUCAAGAGUUGCGUUUCAACAUGGACGACUGUGAUGAAAGUGUAUUGGAUGGGCAAGAACCCGAAGAGAUAGCCAUCUUUUUGGAUGCCCUUUCGAGGGCUCUACGUACCAACACGACCUUGCGUAAAUUUGACUUUUUGGGACCUGAAGAGCAGUCGAGGGAUCUAUUGCCUUCCCAGAGCAAGCGACUUUGGAAGCAGUUUGUCGAAGCCAUGGAAACCAAUACUUCCUUGAGGCGCUUCGAUGUGGACACCAUAAUUGGAGAAGGCGAAGAGCUGCAAGCCAAACUGGAGUACUACGUGAAACUCAAUUCCAAUGGUAGAGGCAGAUUCGUGAGAGCCAGGCACGCUGACAACAAAACGGAGGUCUUGGGGAAACGAGACUGGGUGGAACAUCUUGGCAAGUGCAGCAAAGACCUUGACUGUCUGUUCUACUUCCUUUGUGCCAAUCCCACUCUCUGUGAUCCCCCCGCACCGCCUCGAUCGAGCAGGAAACGAAAGCGACAACGGGCCUCUUUGCCCGGCAGGGUUGAACGGUAA